GAGACUUGGGGUCCAAUCCCGCCUCUGCCACUAAUUAGUUGUGUGGCCUUAGAAAAGGUCCUUCCUCCUCUCUAGGUCUCAGUUUCUUCACCUUUAAAAGGACUAAAUGAUAUAUAUUUGAGGGUCUCCUAGCCCUAAUAUACCGCGAGUCUUCGAAGAGAGGAGGGUAUAGACGGAGGAAUAAAAAGGAUAAGCAAGAAGUCAUAGGAUCAUGUUUCUAAAUCUGGAAGGGACGCCAAAGGACCUGGCAAGCUUUCAUUUUACAAAUGGGGAAACUGAGACGUCGGUGGCACCAGAAGGCACUUCUCUAAGAAGCAAAGCGUGAAGCUUCCUCGUCCCCUAGGCAACAUGAUGGCAGCGGCCGGGCCCAGCGUUCGCUAAAGUUUGGGUGCCCUUAAGGAAAAUGGUGGCCUCGGAAAUGUUGUCCUUCCUCUGACGUAUAAAGCUUCUGCCGGAAGUUGCUGUGAUCUUCCAAACCUGGGCUUUGUGGCGAGCGUCCGCGUCUUCACUGCCGGUGUUUGUGGGCCCAAUUGGCUAGAAUGGUGGAGAAGAAAACUUCGGUUCGGUCCCAGGACCCCGGGCAGCGGCGCGUGCUGGACCGGGCGGCCCGGCAGCGCCGGAUCAACAGACAGCUGGAGGCCCUGGAGAACGACAACUUUCAGGACGACCCGCAUGCCGGUCUUCCCCAGCUGGGCAAGAGGCUGCCGCAGUUCGACGAUGAUGCCGACACCGGAAAGAAGAAGAAGAAAACUAGAGGUGAUCAUUUUAAACUGCGUUUUCGUAAGAACUUCCAGGCCCUUCUGGAAGAGCAGAAUUUAAGUGUGACUGAGGGCCCUAACUACCUCACAGCCUGUGCAGGGCCCCCUACCCGACCCCAACGCCCCUUCUGUGCAGUGUGUGGCUUCCCUUCUCCUUAUACUUGUGUCAGCUGUGGAGCUAGAUACUGUACUGUCCGCUGCCUUGGCACACACCAAGAGACUCGGUGUUUGAAGUGGACAGUGUAAGUCUGGGACUUUUCCCCAAGGAAAGAAAACCCUGCCUUGCUCUCUCCCAGAGAGAAAAGAUGAAACUGUUGGGACCGUACAGCUUCCUAGACAGGACAGGACAAUUCCUCAAUUUCUGUUUCUUUUCUUUUUUUUAAUUUUGUCAUUCUGUACUCCACAAAUAUCAUCAAAAUCAGCAUUUCCAAAUACACAGAAGUCACCAAAUAUACAUAAAACUCAUAUACAUCUUGCAUUCUUUAAAGGAUAUAAUAAAUGCAAUAUGCUAAUUUCAAAGCUGUCCUGCUUGUCUCCUUCUCUACCUUCUUCUCUUCUGUGCAUUUUUAAAAUGCUGAGUGACCGUCUUUCUUCACUUUUUGGCAUAUCUAUUGCUAGUUCUCAUUUCCCAUCUAAAUCCCUCCCACUUAAAAAAAAAAAAAGACAACCUUCUGUAGUAAAUAAGCAUAGUCAAGCAAAACAGAUCUGUACCUUUGCCAUGUCUGAAAAGGUAUAUCUCUUAACCCUGUUUCUUUUCCAACAAGGAAGAUAAGUACUGGGGAAAUGAGAGCCCCUUCUCUAAAUCCAGCCCCCCAGAGCUUCAAUUUGAAUUGGGGAGGUGGGAUGGGACUGAAUCCACAAAAUACUACAGUCCAAUCUAUGUGUCUCUAAUAAAGCCAUAAGAAAAAGCUGAACCAUA